GAGAGAGAGAGAGAGAGAGAGAGAGAGAUGGCCAACAGAACAAUGGAGGAAAUAGAACAAGAUUUAGAACAUUUAAAGAGCAAUAUUGAUGUGUUCUUUUUGUUCACCAUGGGUACAAUUGUCUUCUUUAUGCAGUGCGGGUUUGCCUUUCUGGAGGCGGGCGCUGUGAGGUCCAAGAACACCACCAACAUCCUCAUUAAGAACAUCUUGGACGUGUUCAUUGGUGGCAUCGCAUACUGGGUGGUGGGUUACGCUCUGGCUUUCGGGCGUGGCAACCCUUUCUGCGGGACGAGUAUGUGGGCGGGCGUGGGCGUGGAGGACGAGCGAUUGGCCUUCUGGUUCUUUCAGUUCGUGUUCGCCGCCACCGCUGCCACCAUCGUGUCUGGUUCUAUGGCUGAGCGCUGCGCCUUCCACGCCUACCUCAUCUACUCCGUGGUGCUGACAGCUGUAGUAUACCCGAUUGUGUCCCACUGGGCGUGGUCGGAGGACGGCUGGCUGGCGGGCACUCCUUACCAGGACUUCGCAGGGUCAGGCGUGGUGCAUCUGACGGGGGGCGUGGCUGCGCUGGUGGGGUCUGUCAUCCUGGGGCCCCGUUACGGUCGAUUUGGGCCCACUGGGAAGGUCCUCCGGGGUCAUUCUGUUCCGUUGGCAGCACUGGGCGGUUUCAUACUCCUCUUCGGCUUCCUGGCAUUCAACGGCGGGUCACAAGCGUCCAUAAGCCACGAAGGGGACGCUGGGGCAGUGGCCAAGGCAGUAGUGAACACCGUCAUCUCAGGUUGCUUCGGGGGCGUCACUGCUCUUCUGGUCUACAGGUCAAGACUAUGUGGCCGCCCCUCUAACUGGUCCUUUCUAAUGGCUCUUAAUGGGGCGCUAACUGCUAUGGUGGCCAUUUGUGCAGGUUGUAAUGUCCUGCCUACGUGGGGGUCAUGUAUAACUGGUGUGGUGGCUGGCCUGGUCUUCCUCUCUCUGCACGUCCUCCUCCCUCGUCUAUCAGUGGACGACCCGCUGGAUGCCGUGGCAGUGCACAUGGGCGGGGGGCUGUGGGGCCUGGUGGCGGUGGGGCUGCUGCAGGAAGGCGGGGGCGUGCGAGGCGGGUCCCUGGUUACUCUGGGCUGGAACCUCGUGGGCGCGCUGGCUAUCGUGGUGUGGGCUGGCGGGGUGUGUGUUGUCAUGUUCGGCGCGCUCAGAUACCUCGGCUGGUUGCGUGUGUCUGUGGAGAUGGAGAUGCAAGGCAUGGACAUUCUGAAACACGGGGAGCCUGCGUACCCUGCGGAGGCGUGGUUGGAGCGGCAGUACUCCUCCACAGCCUCCUCCAAAGGGCACCACGACGAUAGCAAUGACCUUCCACCAAAUAUGACAGCCUCGUGGCGCCCCCAGGCUCCCCACCACCCCCACCACAACGGCCUGUCGCUGCCCCCUGGCCCCGACGCCCACCAACUCCCCGCUGACCACCACGAGCUUGCCGAGGUCACGGGUCACGCCACUCAAGCCGGGCGGAGGUCACAGGGUCACAUCAAUGAGGGUUUUGAGGUGGAGAGGUUGUAACAGACACACCUUAUGAGACAACUUAGUAAUUAACCUGUAAAUUAGUUAUUAGCUACCUGUUCUUAACCCCUGCAGUACUGGGACGCUUUCUGACCAAGAUUUUGUACCGUUAGACCAUUUUACUAACAUUAAGAAGGGUCUAUGGAGGUCAGAAGAUUAAUAGCCAGUCUUCACUAUCUUAACCCCUUCAGUAC